CGCAGCGUGAUGGAAUCCACACCUAGCUUUUCCUCGCCAGCCACCACCCUUUCUCCCUUUCGGCAUCUCCAAGAAGCACUGCAUUUCCAUUGUUGCGGCAGCCACCCGCUUCUAUCCCAACACUGAUUGCAGACCGCACCUUGCCAUACUUCAAUCCACCCCUCUAAUUAUUGCCCAGCCCACCGACGGCACAGCCUGCUCCAUUACCUGAAUAAUGACUGACCUUGGAACCUUUGGCGGCCAUGACGAGGAGAACGUGGAGAUCAAGCGCCUCAAUGCUGAAGUGGAAGCCGAUCCGGACAACUACGACCUCUGGGAGAAGCUGAUCCGCGCAUGCGAGGGUCUUGAAGGUGGCCUCAAUCGAAACUCAAGUCCACAUGCCCUUGCCACACUCCGCGAUGCCUACGACCGCUUCCUGCUGAAGUUCCCCCUUUUCUUCGGCUAUUGGAAGAAGUACGCCAGUCUCGAGUUCAACAUCUCGGGCCCAGAGUCUGCCGAAAUUCUCUACGAGCGUGGUGUCGCCAGCAUUACCAACUCGGUUGACUUGUGGACCGACUACUGUGCUUUCAAAAUGGAAACCACCCACACACCCCAUCUCGUGAGAGAACUGUUCGAGCGGGGCGCUAGCUACAUUGGCCUGGACUUCCACGCGCAUCCCUUCUGGGACAAGUAUAUUGAGUACGAGCAGCGCCAGGAGGCCCACGACAAGGUCUUCGCCAUCCUCCUCCGGGUGAUUCGUAUCCCGAUGCACCAGUAUGCCCGCUACUUUGACAGCUUCCGCCAGCUCUCCCAUAACCGCCCUAUGACCGAGCUCGUGUCUCCCGAAUUGCUGGCUCGGUACCGUGCCGAGGUUGAGGCCGAGAACGCGCAGUAUGGAGUUGCCAAGACGGAGCUCGAGCUGGAACGCGAGAUACGCGCAAAGAUUGACCAGUCAUUCUACGAGAUAUUCACACAGACCCAGGCGGAGACUACCAAGCGUUGGACCUACGAAUCCGAGAUCAAGAGACCCUACUUCCACGUCACAGAGCUGGAGCACCAGCAGUUGAUUAACUGGCGGAAGUAUUUGGAUUUCGAGGAGGCCGAGGGCGAUUUCGCGAGAAUCACUGCUCUGUAUGAACGAUGCCUGGUCGCCUGUGCUUUCUACGACGAGCUCUGGUUCCGAUAUGCCCGUUGGAUGUCUGCGCAGGAGGGCAAGGAGGAGGAGGUUCGCAAUAUCUAUCUGCGCGCGGCAACCUUGUUCGUCCCGAUCAGUAGACCCGGCAUCCGCCUGCAGUUUGCGUAUUUCGAGGAAGAGUGUGAACGGAUUGACGUUGCCCGAGACAUCCACGAGGCGAUACUCAUGAAGCUGCCAGACUGUGUCGAGGUCAUCGUCUCUUGGGCCAAUCUCCAACGACGCCAGGCCGGACUCGAUGCAGCCAUCGAAGUCUACAAGGCACAGAUCGACUCGCCUCAUGUCGAUAUUUUCACCAAAGCCGCACUUGUCACGGAGUGGGCCUUCCUGCUCUGGAAGGUUAAGGGCUCUAUCGACGAGUCACGGACUGUCUUCGUCAAGAACAUGCAGUGGUAUUCGGAUAGCCGGCAUUUCUGGCAGAAAUGGCUCGAGUUUGAGCUGGAGCAGCCAACGAGUGCAGACCUCGAGUCCCAGCAUACAGAGCGGAUCAAGAGCAUCUUCAGUGAUUUGCGAGAUAAGAGCCGAUUGUCGGCGGCAGCCAAGAAGGAGCUCUGCCAGGUGUACCUGACAUACCUCCAACAACGUGGUGGUAAAGAUGCGAUGAAGCAAUUCCUCGCGGUCGACCGAGAGAUGUUUGGCCCGGCCUCUAUCUCUGUGCUGUCGAAGCCGGCAGUAGCCAAAGAUACUGGCGCCCCCCUUGGAGAACUGGACGAGCCAAGUCGACAAAAGGCCGAGAGCAGGUUCUUCAGCUAUUACCAACUCUACGUGGAUGCCGACCAGGACGCGCAGGGCUCGGCGGAUUUCCACUAGAUGGCUGCCCUAGAAUAGCUUAAAAAAUCAGCCGAUGGUAACGGCAACGGUUUAGUUUGUGUACUCUAUGCCCUUCGGCGUCAUGAGCCGCGUUGGAUGUACGUUUAGGUUGUUUUCUCCUUUUUCUCCUUUUUCUCCUUUUUGCCUCU